AUUGCAUAAUAAUCAGAUUAUUGGAGUUAAGAAUUCCAAGUUGGCGAAGACUACUACACUCCGAGAAGCCAAAGGGAAGAACAAGAACCCGACCUUUCCCUCUCUCGAAAGGAUCAAUCAACAAAACAAACUGUGAUUUGAAUUGUCUUGUGUUACCUCGUUACUACUGCUAUAUAUUCAUCAACCAACUUCUCUUCCUCUUUCUCUCUAUUCAAUCACUUCUCAUCAUCAAUCAUGUCUCACUUGUCAGCUUCUCAGAUGGCUGUUACUGUUCCUGUUAGCAAUGAUUUCUCCGCCAGAAGAUCUGUGUUUAAGGCAUCUAACAUAAACUUUCGGGAUAAAUCAUGGGCACCUGUGUUUGCUUUGGACAUGAAAGCAAAGAACUGUGGUUGGAGGAGAAAUCAGAAUGUGAUUUGCAUGUCAGUGCAACAAGCAAGUGUGCCCAAAGUUGCUGUCUCCCCUUUAGAAUUGGAAAAUCCUGCUGAGCCUCCAUUGAACCUACACAAGCCUAAAGAACCCUAUACGGCAACAAUUGUUUCCGUUGAAAGAUUAGUGGGACCAAAGGCUCCUGGGGAAACUUGUCAUGUUGUGAUCAAUCAUGAUGGAAAUGUUCCCUACUGGGAGGGACAGAGUUAUGGUGUUAUUCCACCAGGUGAAAAUCCAAAAAAACCGGGAGCCCCGCAUAAUGUUCGACUAUAUUCAAUUGCUUCCACAAGGUAUGGAGACUUUUUUGAUGGAAAAACAGCCAGCUUGUGUGUGCGCCGUGCUGUUUAUUAUGAUCCCGAAACAGGAAAGGAAGAUCCUUCCAAGAAUGGUGUCUGUAGCAAUUUUUUGUGUGACUCAAAGCCUGGAGACAAAAUUAAGAUCACAGGCCCCUCAGGGAAGAUAAUGCUUUUGCCAGAGGACGACCCAAAUGCUACCCAUAUAAUGAUUGCCACCGGCACCGGUGUUGCUCCAUAUAGAGGCUAUCUUCGUCGAAUGUUCAUGGAAUCAGUCCCUACAUUCAAGUUCGGAGGACUAGCAUGGCUCUUCCUCGGUGUUGCAAAUUCCGAUAGUCUUCUCUACGACGACGAGUUCACCAAAUACCUUAAGGAUUAUCCAGAGAACUUCCGGUACGACCGAGCCCUCAGCAGAGAGGAGAAGAACAGGAAUGGCGGCAAAAUGUAUGUUCAGGAUAAGAUCGAGGAAUAUAGCGAUGAAAUCUUUAAGCUCUUGGAUAAUGGAGCUCACAUCUAUUUCUGUGGUCUGAAAGGAAUGAUGCCUGGGAUCCAAGAAACACUGAAAAGGGUUGCUGAGAACAGAGGAGAAAGUUGGGAAGAGAAGCUUUCACAACUCAAGAAGAACAAACAAUGGCAUGUUGAAGUCUACUGAUAUGUGUUUGUUUUGUCUUGCAGAAGAAAAAGACAAAAUUGUUAGCAUUUUCAUUAGAAAUUAUUUUGAUUAAUAAACUUUCAUUAAGCAGCUUGAGUAGCUGUAUCUGUUCUGUAUUGGUAGAUUAUAAUGAUGUAUUGUUUUCUUGAUGGAUGCAACAUUUGAAAAUUUAAGUCAUUAGCAGUGCUAGAGACAUAUGUUUGGGGUAAUUUUUAUUUUUUUUUAAUUAAGGGAAGCAACAUGUUUUCUGUUGCCACAUCUUGAAUUAUCUUGUUAAACAACAAGGCUUCUUCUUGUCCAGUAGAAUUUGAGCAUGACCUAUAGAAUGAUAUCAAAAA